AUGGAUUCGAAGUUGCAAAACCCUCAGAACGACCUCGAGCAAAGAAUAAAAGAUCACGGUUUACAACACCAAAUUGAGAAGUUGGAAGAUAUGGAAAUUGAAGAGUUCGGCACGAGCUUUGAUUCAUAUAUCGCGCUCCACAGCGAAUGGUUCGAAGGUCUUGAAACUGACUUUGCUGAGUUCUUUGGAACUGAUGGGGAAGUGGAGGCUCUAGAAUUCAUAACGCAAUACUAUCCCCAGCAUUCUAUACCAGCACAUACCGUUGAAAGGCGGAGACAGAGGAAAAAUAACAAAAAAAUCUGCUACACAGACGAUGUGUGGCCAUGGACAUAUUACGAGUACCCGGAUUGGGAGGAUCUACCACCGGAUAAUUUUAUGCACUGGCAGAUGAGCCGGAUUAGCAGGCGCACUCUUAGUGUAGAGGAUGACCCGGUCCCAGUACGGCAUCUCAUGGAAGGAGGUAGUGAUGUUAUUGUCUAUGUUGUCGAUACUGGUAUCAACCCCCACUCGUCAUUUGGGAAUCGUUUGUAUCCCAUGUAUAAUCACUUUGACACCGAAUAUAUCAAGGACCAAGUACUGAUGCCCAGCCAAGAUGCGGGGGAUGGCGUAGGACAUGGAACUUUGGUGGCCGCUGCCGCAGCUGGAUCUGAGCUUGGGGUAGCAAUUAAUUCUGAAAUUCGAAAUGUAAAGGUGUUUGACAAGGCUGGCUGGGGCACAUCGUAUACUAUUUUUAAAGGGUUAUUCUCAAUCUAUGAGGAGGUAGUGACGGAGAACCGAAAGCGGAAGAAGAAGAGAGAUGACAGGAAGAGAGUUGUGGUGUUAUCCUUAUCUGGACCUCCAUCUGAUGCCAUAGAUGCCCUCCUUAUUGAAUUGUACAAUCUGGACGUGGUUGUGGUGGCUGCAGCUGGCAACGUAGACGACAGCGGUAACAUGGAUGCUUGCGCUAGCACACCACAAAGGAAUCCUACUGUGAUUACCGUCGGAUCCGUCGAUGCCAGCGAUUUGCAGUCAGCAUGGUCGAAAAGAGGAAGUUGCGUUGAUAUUUUGGCACCUGGAGAGAAAAUUGUCACCGCUUCACAUACUGACGCGAGUGGGUUUAUCGAGGUGAGUGGUACAAGUUUUUCCGCUCCUAUCGUGGCCGGUGUCAUGGCGUCACUUUGGAGUAAACAGCGACUUUUAACCGCUAGGCAAGUCAAAUCCGUUCUAAUCGCGGCUAGCACUCCUGGCGAGAUCAACAUGGGACCUAACGACGGCACACCCAAUCUGCUAUUGUUCGCUCCGAUCUCUGUGAAAUCGCUGAAAAUUCAGAAGGGCGGUGUACUGGAAGAACUUAGUGCAUUUGAUGUUCUAUUAGGGGAUACUAUCCAUUGGGAUCAAGUAUUUUCUUUGAAACGUAAGCGUUAUCAUCGGGGAUCGAUGGUGGAUUGGCUAGAAGAUGGUCUGAAUUUCAAAAAAAAUAUGUACGUGAGUUGGUUGGCUGGCAGAGUCGACACGCCCGCGUUAUUCUUCGAGUGGUUGGAGACACAAACAGAUACAUGGGGACUUGGUCCAUUAGCAGAAUGGCUGAGUGAGAGAAGGUAUCAUGGUAGUUCAUACUCGAUCGAACGACGCAGAUGGCGUGGCCGCCGUCGCGCUACAGAUUUAGAGGUGAGUGAAUUCCAGGUGACCCACGGUGCAUAUGUUGGCGGCGCUUUUGAUUCAUAUGUCGAAAAUGCCCGAACAUGGGCAGAAGGUGCAUACAGCGCGUGGCAAAGUGCCAAAGACUUGGGCCAGACGAUUUCUGGAUUUAGACAGUGGAUGCUGGAAGGUUAUUUUCCCGGAAGCAACCUGUACAGUGCAUUUGUUUCGGCCACAGAGAGAAGCAGGCAUGUUGGUAGUACAGCCACGAUACACUUUGAUGAUAAAGGACGGAACAUCUUAUUGUGGGCAGGUAAUGCCAUACUGAUAUACGAUAGGCAAGGGAAUGCAUUUGUGGAGCAUCUUCAAGGAGAAGUCUCCUUUAUUUCACGCCAGGAAGCACUACCGGGCCAGCUACCCAUGCAUGCGGAUGUCUUUGCCCAGAGUGUUGGAAAUCCGAAUAUCCGCAUGUGGGAUGAAUCGUCAGAGUUUGGUCUAGUUGAUGGUCAGGGGUGGGUUUAUUCCCGUAGAAAGCGUCAUAGUGGAAGGUGACAAGAAAAAUUAGAACUUAAAUCUAGGCACUAUAUAUAUGUAUAAUAAAUGCA